AUGGUAGAAGUUGACCGCAGUGAUAACAUUGAGGAGUCAAUUUUAAAAUCUCUAUCAUCAAUAAAAUUAAGCAAUUCAUUCAUAAAAGAUACAAUUGAAGAGAAAGAUGAAAACUGGAUUAACUCUGGAGAGUAUGGCGAUCUAUCGACACGCUCAUUACAAAUACUGCUUGAAACAAAUGAAUUAUCAAUUGUUUCAGAAGGAAGUUUGGCUGCUUAUACUAACGACCUACUAGAAUUUUCUGAUAGACCUACAUCAACAGAUCAUGUUGCUAACUCCAUUCAUGUCUCAAUCAGGGUUCUCGAUUCAAUUGGAGAUAAAGAGGCAACCAACUGUCUUCUUUCAAAGAUACAAAUCGAUCAAAGCAAGCACAAUCACAAAAUCGUAUCUCCUGCUCAUAUCAUUCAUGCAUACUGCUCGCAUACAGAUCAUCUAUCAAUUGUACAUGGAUAUUAUGCAAAUUCAUGUGCAUAUAUUGCAGCAAACAAAGAAAUGGAUCACUUUUAUGCAUUAUUGCAGUCUUAUUCUUCAGACAAUGAAUAUAUAAUAGCAGAUUAUAGUAUUCAUAGGUAUUCAACGCAUGAAGAGAAAAUAAAAUUAAGCUCCCUUGUGAUUAUAUACUCUGUUAUUUACUUAGAUGAGAAUAAGAGAUCAAUACCAAAAAGAAUUGCUUCAGCUUCAGCUUCUAAAUCAUCAGUUAUUGAUGAUUUAAUUAAGAUGAGCGCCAUCUCAAGUGCUGGAAUUCCAGUAUCAGACUUUAUACCAUCAUUCAACUCUCUCGAAGAAGCAACAAAAAAUGAUCAGACAAUAGCUAUUUAUUUUGAUGAUUUCCAAAACAUUGUCGGAUAUCGAAUUCUUAAUAAGAUUUCUAGCAUAAUUUCUGAUCCAAAUGAAGGAAACUGUAUUUCUUUUACGAAGAUCGGACUGUUCAUUUUACGUGGUACUCAGAAGAAAAUAAGAAAUGCAUCAGAUUCAGUUAUCAAAGAAUCAUCAAAUGGAGUUCAAAAGAGUAUAAAGUCAUAUUCAAUUGACAUUUUCAACAAAGUAUGCACAUAUCUUAUGGAUAAAUUCAAAGAAAGAAACUCAACAUUUAAUAUAAAUUUUGGAGAUCCGAUAUCUGCGAUGAAUUUUGUAACAAAAAUGCUAUAUGGCAAAAGUCCAAAUGAAACUCAAGCUGCAUUUGCACAAUCAGCAAUUUUCAAAAUAGACUCUAAUUUUAAAAAUCAAAGUAGAGUGUUUUUCUUAUCAACACCACCAGGUUCAGGAAAAACUGCAUGUGAAAUAAUGCCAGCUGUAUUAGAGAGAUUCAGACAAAUUGAUUCAAAAAUAGGUGACGAAAAAGGAUCAGUAAUCAUUGCAACUUCUUUAGUUCAAGUAUCUGCUCAGAUAGCAACAUUUGCAAGCAAAAUGAUUUGCAGUAGUGAAAAAUGGAUCCGCGUCAAACGACUUGAUGGAGGUAUUAAAGAACAAACUGAAGAUGGAUAUCAUUCAAAUAUGUUAUUUCGGAAAAAAUCAUUUCGAGAAAACAUUGCUAAUAUCAAAUGGUUUUACAAGCAGCUCGUUGAUGACGAAAAUAUUCCUUCAAUCGUUCAAGAUCUAAUGAAAAAAUUUAAUGUCAGCGAAAACAAAGAAAUCGAAAAUGAAAUAACAUCCGUAUUUGAAGACGAAAAUUUAUUCAGGAAAAAAGUAUUUAGUGAAGUUUUAGAUGGAUUCGAUUCAGAAAGUCAAUGCAUAGCAGAUUGUAUUGUUGGGACAUAUGAAAUGGUAGCAUCAGCCUUAUCAUAUUCAAUUUCAACAGGAAAAUCACAAGAUAUCAUUCGAAAAAUCAAAUACAUCAUUAUUGAUGAAUGGGACACUAUUUUUAGGGUUGCUACAAUGAACAACAAUAGAACAUUAAUGCAAACAAUGAAUCAAAGAUUUUCACAAUCUUAUUGCUUAAUAGCUCUUGCUAUACUAAUAAUGAAAGUUAAUCCUUCAACAAAACUAAUACUUGCAUCUGGAACAGGAAAUGAAAUGCUGAAUAAAUGCGAGGAUAACUUUAGAACAGGAAAACAAUCGAACAUGCUUGAACCAUUAAUGAGACCGAUAAUUUCAUACUGUGACUAUGAAUCCAUCAUUAAGAAGAUUGAAGAAUUAUCAAAUGAUAAAAACAAUGCUGCAGCAAAUUUUUCACUCAAUAUAAUGCGCAACAAAAUUAAAACAAUUGAAGAGUUUAUGAAAGAAAGCAUACCAAGAAUGAUCAAAAUAUCAUCAUCGAAUAUUUGGGGUACCAGAAAACUUUCAUCAUUACCAAAGUCAGUGCUUAGCACAGUAAUGCAAGCAUAUACAAUGGUUAAUUAUAUAUUUUGCGAAAAAUGCAUGAAUAGCGGGGUAAUUCGCGCAUCAUAUGCAUUGAAAUCUACAACAACAAACGAUCAUGUAAUGCAUACAAUAAUGCAUCUUACAGCAUUAUUCUUAAUUGAUAUGAAUAUUGCAGAAACAAUCAAAAUGCUUGCAAAAUACCCAUCAAUGCAAUCAUGGAUGUUUAUGAUAUCAGUGAUAAUUUGCGUAUUGACACACGAGAAUAUGUCAUUUAGUGAAAAGACUUCACUAAUAUUUAUUCAAAAGAAAGAACUUCAUAUUGGCAUGAUGAUUUUAAUUGGAACAAUUUUGCUUAUUCUUAAGAAAGAAGGAAAAAUCGAUGCAGAAUUCCUUUCAAAUAGAUCACCUCCAGAUAAUGAAAUUUUAGAAACAAUUGCAGCAAUAUCUGCAAAGCCUAUAAAAUUUGUCGAUAAAUGUUCAUCUAUUGCACAAACAAGCAAAUCAUACUCAAUUGAUCACAUAGUACAUAAAUCAGAGUUGACAAAGAAAAUUACGUAA